GGGGCCCCAUGAGAUGCCCCUGGACACAGGGGCCCCAUGAUUACCUAUUGCCCGGGGCCCUAUGAGUUGUCAGUCCGCCCCUGGGUACAACUGUCAACACUGUGUGGGAGUCGCUGGCAUCAGGGUCCCCAUCAGAGUGUCUCCUUUUAUCAACUGUCCCCACCAGUGUCCCCUUACACAUCAGGUGCCCCCUUCAAACUGGCCCUUUACAUCAGGGUCCACAUCAGAGUGUCCCUUUUACAUUACGGUCUCAAUAAGAGUACCCCUUUACAUCAGGGUCCCCAUCAUAGUCCCCCUUUGCUUCAGGAUACACAUCAAAGUGUCCCCUUACUUCAGCAUCUCCAUCAGAGUUCCCCUUUACAUCAGGGUCCCCAUCAGAGUGCCCCCUUACAUCAGGAUCCCCAUCAGAGUGCCCCCUUACAUCAG